GAAUUUUUUUUCCAUCUUUUGUUCUUUACUCUCUCUCUCUCUCUCUCUCUCUCUGGGUUUUUGGUGAGGAGAUGGGGAGGCGGAGGGGGACGAGAGGGCCGGUGAACGUGCUGUUCGGAUGGGUCCGGCGGCAGUCAGUGAGGGUGAAGGUGUUUCUCGGGGCGGUGGCGGCCAUCCUGGCCCUGGUGGCCUUGAAAAACCUCGUCAAUGACUACAACCAUUUCUUCAUCGCCGCCGAGGCCGUCCACGCCGCCGGCAUCCUGGUCCUCAUCUACAAGCUCACCACCAAAAAGACCUGCUCUGGUCUUUCGUUGAAAUCGCAAGAGUUAACUGCAACAUUCCUAGCUGUACGGCUGUAUUGCAGUUUCAUGAUUACAAUGAACAUUCAUACAGUUCUUGAUUUUGCAACACUUGUCCCAACUCUUUGGGUUAUAUAUAUGAUACGAUUCAGACUGAAGUCAAGCUACAUUAAAGAAUUAGACAGUAUGCCAAGAUAUUACUUGGUGGUUCCUUGUGCUGUGCUAGCAAUUCUCAUCCAUCCCUUGGUCGACUUAUUCCAAUUCAAUAGAAUUUUUUGGGCCUUUUGUGUGUAUCUGGAAUCUGUAUCAGUGCUUCCUCAACUCAGACUAAUGCAAAAUGCUAAGAUGAUUGAACCCUUCACAGCUCAUUAUGUAUUUGCUUUGGGAGUUUCAAGAUUCUUGGGCUGUGCACAUUGGAUAAUUCGGUUAAUCGAGACUCGUGGAUACUUUCUAGCCUAUAUGGGAACUGGCUUCCUUUGGAUUUCUGCGCUCCUCCUCUCAGAAAUUGUUCAAACAUUCAUCCUGGCUGACUUCUGUUACUACUAUGUCAAAAGCUCCAUGUUUGGCCAACUGCUGCCAAGGUUGCCUUCAGCUGUAUAACCUGAAGCCACAAACUAGCUUAUAUGAUGCCUGACAAUUAGUCUGCACAGGCAGUUUUUUUGUUUAUUGCCAUUAGCAUCAUUUAUCUUUAAAUCACACUCUGAUUGAAUCCUUGCAUUUAAUUUACAAAAUGUUUUAGAGUACUAUAUGUGGUAUAAUUAGUAUGUGUUUUGCCCUUGUAACAUUGUAAGAGGCAGGGGCGGUCCGAUACAUUUGCGGGCCUAAGGCGAAUCCAAUGAAUGAGGCCUCUUUUU